UAUGAUGCGAAACAGACAGAAACGGUCAUUGCAGCCGUCCUUCUCUGUGAUAACAAGGCGCAGAAUACAUAUUACACCCCCGACCAGUUGGCUGCUUUUGACAAUGCACUUGCGAAACCAGACAAAGAAGCUGCGGACUCGCAGACCCAGAUAAGCAUCAAGGUGGCCCUCUCCACCCUGCCGAUCGAUGAAGUUGGUCCAGUUUCCCACGUAACUGCUUACAUUGAACUCGCAAAACAGCCAUCCAUGCGCCAGGGAAAUCAGUCUCUGUCCUUGUGCGAUCGGCCAUCCAAAAACGUCUGGUUCAUGAACGACGUAGGUUUUUGA